CAUACUCCGAGUGAUACACAAAUGGAAGGUAAUAAUAAAGGCUCGCCUGCUGAAAUAGAAAAGAUUAACAUACGCAAUAGACGGGCUAAAAUUCGAAGAGAAAUCAGAGUAAUUAUGAAGGGCUUAGAUCCUGAGGAGUACAUAGACCCUUCAAAAAGUUGGCGGGAUAACGAGAAACUAGUUUAUGGAAAGCUAAUACGGGAGUUAGUGUUAGAGAUUCCGCCGGUAGAUGGCUACAAAGUGACACGUGUUGAAAUUGAAGAAAUUCUCAAAAUUGCGCAUAAGAAUCAGCGCAGUAAAUAUGUGAAACUCACAGACCCUAAUGCAAAGGCAUUAUAUUCCCGUCGUGUUCGUUGUAAUAACAGAAAUAUUGAGAAACGACGGAGGAGAUUAUUAGCACUUUCUGACCUG